GGAAAACACACUAGCGGUCCCCACGCAGUGCUUCUUGUUUCUUCUCCAGGCUUCCCUCUACGUCUCUCUCCCUCUUUCGCUGCACAUCAUGUCAGAUGGGGUGUGGCGCAACUUUCGUUUCUUCGAGAGCGAGCCGCUCCCACCCACCUCUGCGCUCGCCGACAUCAACGUCGUCUGCAGCUGCCUGACCCCCACCGCUCUCGUGGUCGGCGACUACGAGGGUCAAGUGUUUUUUGUCGAUCGGCACGCACCCGGCGGUGUUGUCUGCAGCUUUCAGGCGUACGCCGGGGCCGUCACCCACAUGAAGUACGCGGCCCUCCGCAACACCCUCGUCACCAUCGGCGACGAUGAUGCGUUGAGCAGCGCCAUCCUGCGUGUGUGGGACCUCGACCAGCUCAUGGGUCUCUAUCGAGGGCUGCUGGACAGCCACCCGGAUGCCGCCAGCACAACGCCGGCAACCGCUACGCCGACGACGACGACCGCACUACGGUGGAGACCGCCGUGUCAAGAGCACCAGCUGCUCAGCGCCUCCACGAACACCGUCGUUGCAGCUGCUGUCGGCAGUAGCGGCCCCUCCACUGCCGCCGAUGACCUCCCCCUUGUCCCCAUCCUUCUGCACGAAGCAAAGCAACGGCAGUACACCUUCAAGUCGAGCACAUCCUCCGUCUCACUCUCCUCCUCUCCUCCCCCGGUCAACGCGGGUUCGAUUGGGGCCAUGCCGAGGCGUGGGGUGAAUGACGGCCCCAUCAGCAGCAAUAAUAGUAAUAAUGUCAGCGUGGUCUCCUGCGACUCUAUUCGCUCUGCGGUGGUCAGCCUUGACGUUGCCACCGAUCUCAGCUGCGCCGCUGUCGGCCUCGUCUCGCGGGACUGCGUCGUGCUGAUGGGCGACUUGGCGAAGAAGCGCUCCGUCCGUGCCCAGACGAUCCGCAGCGGCCUCGCGAAGGGUGCCCUCACCUUUGUCGGGCUGCCCUCCCCGCAGCAUGCCACGCUGCUUGGCGACGGGCACCACAGCGCGAGCACCGCAUUAAACGAUCAUCACAGCGGUGCGGCAGAAGGGGGCAGCUUCUUCUUUGGCGGCGCAAGGUGGACGGGUGGACAGGUGGGGAAGGACAGGACAGACAGCAGCCCGACCAUCGCGCUUGCGGCUGCGACGGCUCCCACCGCCAACGUGCAGCUCCUCUACACAGUGCACGAGGACGUCGUGACGUGCUGGGCGCUGCGGUCCAACGGCAACUGGUCCGAGUAUCCCUGCCCUACUCUUAGCGGUGCCCCACGGUUUGGAGCGGCACUGACGGCUCGAGGUGAGUUGCUUCUGCUGAACAAACAGAGCGUGACACAUCUCGCGGGAAGUCGGGUGGUGCGGGUGGGGCUGCCGAUGCCCUCCGCUGGCGGCGCCGCCGCGGCAGCCCAGAAGCCGUACGACCCAACCGUAAAAGCGUGUGUGCAGACCAUCGACCUCGACCACGCACCCGGCCGCUGCCUCCUCUACUCCUAUCGUCAUUACCUCGCAUUAAUGGUCCAGCAGGAGGGCAGGCCGGACCAGUUCCAGCUGCAGUGCUACGAUCUCUUCUUCAAGAUACGCGGCCUGAGCCGUCCGCAGGAGAGCUACGUGAACUGCGCCACCGUGCUGGCGGAUGACACCGACCUGCUCGUUCUCUUCCAGGACCCGGUGGUGCGGUCCAAGCAGCUGACGCUGCGCGGUGUGCGACUGCGUGAGGUCGACACGCAAACAAAACUGGAGCUGCUCUUCAGCAAGGAGUGCUACGGGAUUGCGCAGCAGCUGGCCCAGACGGUGGGAACGACCGAUCCGUCGCUGCAGAUGCGUAUCCGCAAGAAGUACGGCGACUACCUCUACAACAAGGGGAAAGAGAGCGAGGCGAUGUCGCAGUACGUGGAGACGAUCGGCUACCUCGAGUCGUCCUACGUCAUUCGGCGUUACAUGGGCAGCGCCCACAUGGAGGAGCUCAUCCGCUACCUCGAGGAGCUGCACCACCAGCGGCACGCCGCCCACACGAACAUGGCGCACACAACGCUGCUGCUCAAGUGCUACCGCAAGCGCAACGAUGCGGCGCGGCUCGACGCCUUUAUCCAUCGCGACGACGUCCGCUUUGACCCGCAGAACGCCGUGGCGGUGUGCCGGGAGGGCGGCUACGCGGAGGCCGCGCUGUACGUGGCGGACCGCUACGCCCAGGUCUACGACUGCGCCCGCAUUCGCCUCUACGACCUCCACGAGCCCGUCGCCACGCUGGCCUACCUGCGCACACUGGGCGUGGACGAGGUGGAGGGCAUCUGUGUGCAGCUGGGCAAGGAUCUGCUGGCGCUGGCCCCCCGCUCCACGACCGAGUUGCUGAUGGAGUUGUGUGUGUACUGGAAGGGACCCGGGCGGCGCCUGGUCGACACGGCGCGCAGCAGCGGCGGAGGGAAUGGUGGGAUCACAACAGUACCGAUAACAGCAACAGCCUCCCCCCCGCCCUUCGAUGCGGCCGUUGCGUCGGAAGGGAACUUCCUCGCUGGCGGACCGCGACACACCCACCACGCCAACGCCGCCGCCUUCCUGCACAUUUUCGUGGACGCCCCGGUGUGUUUGCUGAACUUCCUGCGUGCGGUGGUGGAGAGCGGCGUGCUGGAUGAGGACGACGAGACCGGAAAGGACAGAGCAGUAGGGACGGGAGAGCAAGCGAAGGCGGCGGUGGCGGACACGAUGCGCGAGCACACGUCCCCACCCAGCCCGCAUGCGGUGCUGUACAACACGCUGUUGGAGUUGUACAUGACACGCAACCUGAAGACCACUCUGCAACUCGUGCCAGCGACUGCGUUGGCUCGCCGUGGCGAUGCCGCUAACAACAGCAGCCCAUUCUCUCUUGUGGCGAAGAAUGAGAAGAAUGAGGCCACCUCGACCGCCGCCGCGGAGAGCUUUCCGGUAGAGCCGUACGAGCGUCGACUUGAGCAGGCGCGCACCUUCCUCGAGGCCUACCGCGGCCGCUACGACCCCCACCUCGCCCUCAGCCUCGCCCACCAGCACCGCUUUCAGGACGGCAUUCUGUACCUCCUCCGCACCCUCGGUCUGUCGGGGGAGAUUCUGGGCUACUACAGCGCGAAGCUGAACGACCCUCACGCCACACCCGAGGAGCGGCAGGAGGCGCAGAAGAAACUCUUCGAGGCCUGUCAGGCGUGCCCCGGCGGGGACAGCGGGACGACGGCGAUGUGGAUGACGCUGCUCUCCCAGCUCGUACGGACGUCGCAGGCGGAGUGGCAGGACAUGGUGACGGUGCUGGACUACAUCGAGGCCCACGACGCCCUCCCGCCGGUGGUGGUGCUGGAGAUUUUGAGCAGCAACCCGCAGAGCACGCUGCAGCUGCGCACCGUGCGGGACUACUGCCAGCGGUGUCUGAUGAAGCAGACCACAGCGGUGCAGGGAGUCCUCGCGGGGACGGCGCAGCAGCUCGGCGAGGUGGCACGCGUGAAGGCGGAGGUGGCGGCGCUUCAGACUUCUGCGGUGGUGUUCCAGAGCACGACCUGCGCGCACUGCCACCAGCCGCUCGAUGCGCCGACGGUGUACUUCAUGUGCCGGCACGCCUUCCACCAUCGCUGUCUCUACACCGCGACGGAGUGCAACAUCUGCGCAGCGGAGCACCGCCGCCUGCUCGACGGCAUUCGUGAGACGCAGCAGCGUGAGGGGCAGCGGCAGGACCCUAGCGGAUUCACGGCGCAGUACUUCCAAGAUGUGAAGACGGGUGGUCAGGGUGGAGGUGAGGGCGUUGGUGGUCAACGUCCUGCUGUGGGCAAGCCAAGUACAUCAGCUGCAGAUGGAGAUGCCAACGGCGACAACGGCAAGAGCAGCGGCAGUUUGCCCCCGGACGGGUUUGGAGUUGUGGCGGACUACGUCGCACGUGGGGUGUUGGGGGCGCCUCCGCUGUACAAGGACACCGGGUUGUUUGGUGUGGAAGCUGCGGUGCCGCUGCGGUCCGGCGGUGCCGCCCGUCGAGACGCGGCCGAAAUUCUGAACGCCGAGGACCUGGAUGUGUGGUAG